AUGGCGCGGGGGAGGCGCUUCGACCCCCGCCCCGCAGAGCUGCGCGCCCCGCGGGGUAUCGAGCCGGAGGGGGCAGCGGGCCCGGGGGGUCACCCAGCGGCAUCGUCGCCAGGGUGGGGGCCACACGCCCACCUGGGCUGGACAGGCGGGUCCGCGUUCUCUCAACCGGCCGGCCCGCUGCGCCCGGGGACACCCACCCUCCCACGGCCGCGUCUGGCGGUGGGCACCGUGGGGGGGGGGAGGUACCGGGCGGAGGGCAACGGGGCGGGGGGCAGCGGGGCGUCGGGAACCGGGGCUAAGGACUCUGGGGCUGGGGACAUCGGGACUGCGGGCAACGGGGCUGCGUGCGCCGCGCUCGCCGUGCGCUGCCCGUCCGGCUCUGCCCGCUGUCGGGCGCCCGGCGCUGCCCGGGCGUGGAGCGAACGCCCGCCCCCGCUGCCGCCUCCUCCUCCAUCCUUCUCCUCCCCCCGGUGCGGAGCGAGCGUCGCUCCCCGGUGCGGGAGCCGGUGCCCCGGCGCGGGGUCGGGCGGGCGUGUGUGUGUGCGGGGCGUGUGUGCAUUGGGCGCCCCCCGUGCCGAGCCACUCCGCUCCGUGCCGUGCCGAGCCCCGGGCGCGGCGGCCUCCCGACCCCCGCCCCUCCCGGGGCCGCGCCGGGCGCGGAGCCCCCUCCCUCCCUCCCCGCGCUCCCUCCCUCGUUCCCUCCCCGCGCCCGCCCGUUCCCUCUCCGGACCGGCCCCCCCGCGCGGGCCGGGGCGCGCGGCACGCCGGGACCCGCAGUCCGCGGGGCGGCUCGGCGGCUCCCGGCCCCGGCGGACGGACUACGGCUCCCGGCAGCCCGCGCGGCCGCGGCUCGCUCUCGCCCUCACACUCCGGCUGCCGCUGCCAGUGUCUCCUCCGCCGCCGCCGCUGCCGCCGAACCGCCGCUCGCAGCGCCCGGGGUCCGACCCGCUGCCUGGGGUGCGUACCCACCGCCCCGCGCCGCCCCGCGCUGGACCCCGGCCCCCGCUGCCCGGGCACCCCGGGCCCGCGCCGCCCCGCACCCACGGCACACGGGGGCAAGCGGAGGGGAGCGGGUGGCCUGACCCCCCCUCCGGCCGUCCGGACGGGAUCUCCAUGGAAACGGUCCCGGGACACCCCCGGGGGCGGCGGUGGGGCGGUGCGGGGGGGGUGUGCGGGCUGGGGGGACCGGCGACGUCCUGCGGCGGGACAGCGGCGGGGGCGCGGCGGGCACUGACAGCGCCGGGCGGGGGGCAGCGGGCGGCGGCGGCGGCUCCGCUCCCCGCCCCGCGACGGCGCGGCGGAGCCGCUGCCCUGCCCGGCACGGCUGCUCCGGCUCCGGCACCGGCGGCACCUGCCGCUGCCGGGGCGGUGCGGGGGGUCCCGCGGCGGGGCGGGGCGGCCGCGCAGCGCGGCGCUCCCGGGGCGGCGGUGGGACGGCGGCGCCGGGCGCUCGUGGAGUUUGGCGGCGUGGCCCGAGCCCGUCCCGGCCGCCGCUGUGCCCGUGGCCGGUUCGGCUGCGGGUGCCGGCCGGUCGGGUGCCGGGCGGUGGCGGAAGAGCCGUCCCCGGGGGCAGCGCGGCCGCCGCCACCUCCAUGUCCGGGGCUGCUCCGGUGCGGCAGCGCAGGGGCCCGGCCGCGCCUGCCGGGGCUGCGGGACGCUCUGCCGGGGAGCGGCCCCGGGGGCAACUGUUGA